UUAGCCCUAGCUAUAUACAGUUUACAUUGCUCAUUCAACAACAAAAGUCUGCAAUGUUCCCUAAAGAGUUUCAUGCACAUUCUUCAACACUGUCAGUGAUAUUUUCUCCUACUCCAUUCUGAAAGCUUUGGGAAAAGUCCCAGUGCAUGAAGGAUAUCCCCAACGUUUUACGUAACAUCCCCUGCAAUCGCGGACGUAUUUAUAGCGCGCUGUCCGCGCGUCAAAUUUGCAUGGGCGCGGAAUUCUAACGAGGAAGUCAAUCAAGCAGCAGUGAAUUGCAGCGUAGUGGAGUGUGUGUGUAGUAGCUGUGUGCAAGCCAGUUUGACUUUCGACUGGAGCGAGCCCCUCUCUUUAUGAAGAUGUCCACGAGAAGAAGACCGAGAAUAUGGUGGAUAGAGUCGUUGGUAGUACUAUGGACUGCAUCAGUUGCCUGUCGGGCCAUGACGACUAUCCAUUCGGUGUCGCUCAACGUGAACGGUUCCAGAUACAUCACCCCCAACCAAGUAGAGACAGUCAUAUGUAGGGUAACUCAUAAUGCCACCAGCAAAUCAAUCGUCUUUCACCUGAACGGAGAUGCACUAGACGGAACACAUCAGCUGCAAAUUGGCAGAACUGUUAGAGUGGAAGGAUAUGAAAACUGCUUUGUUCCACCGUCAUCUUCGCAGGACAAAUGCAACGAGCUAAUACUAGUAGUUAGAGCAGUCCCGGACGUCAACAACUCAAGAAUAUUCUGCCGUGCUCGUUCAAGAGACAUCAAUUCUGAUAUGAGGAGAAUAGACAGCAGUGAAUCGGUCACAAUCGUUGUGAAAGACUCAGUGGCGGAAGACCCAACGCCAACACCAUCCUGUAGCCCCUCCCCCUCCUCCCUCCCUCCCUCACCGUCAUCACACAGCACACCAUCACCACACACACCCAGUCCAGUCCCCACCCCCCCAGCUGAAGAACCCAGUGUUGGCACAGACCAACAGAGUAAAACAAACACAGUCAUCCCAGAAGGUACAGGAAGAUGGUACGCAGCAGCCCUUGCGGCAGAAACGGUGCUACUAAUAGCAGCUGUGGUUCUCAUUGUCUUUCUCUUCUGCUGUCUCUGCAAAAAGAGCACCAAGUACCACUUCAAUACUGAGGAGAUGAGACCAGUCAGUCCACCAGUCAUCGAUUCCCCCGACACUAAGGCCACCUACAGACGCUCGACAGACCUAGACCUACACACAUAUGCCGACUGUGAUUCAAAGGAACCGAGAUACGUGGAAACUAUGCCACCUCAAUGUGUCUCGGACGUAUAGGAACGGCUCUUAUAUAUAACUCUCUCCCCUCGCACUCUCUCCUUCUUUUUCUUCGAGAGCGGAUGGUGACGCUGUGAUUGAGGAGUCCAGAGCUAGCACAUUGGAUAGCAGUGAUUCAAUGCCCAUCUCACCCUUAAUUUCAGAGUCUCAUCCCAUACUAUGUCUGGUGUUCUUCUUCUUGUGCGUCCGUGUAUAUAUAUAUUAUUAUUGCAAUCACUUCACUUUCUGUUAAUUAAUACCCUACUGUACCUCUUUAUGUUUCAAAACUGUAAAGAUUAAUCAUCUCUGAUUUUAAUUUUGGUAUUUUGUGACGUGUCAGCUCACACUGCGUGUGUCGUACGUGUUGAUUGUGUUGACAUGCUUAAUCCUCCAAUCUUGUGAAUGCAGUGACGAUGCAGCGUAACGGUACUGUAUUGUGUAAAUCAGAUUCAUUGCAGGUGCAGGAUGUAGUGCGGCAUUUUCAUAGAGUUAAGGAACUGGCAAGUGGGCGGGAAACGUUUUGAUUAAUUUUAGUACGG